CUGAUUACAUUAAUUGGUCCCAUCUGUCAGGGGAUCAGCCUCUUAUUGCUGCCAAACCCAGCCUUUCAUGCUUUGAUUCUGGAGGCUAACCUGGACAGAACGCUGAAUCGCAUUAACGGAGUUGCGUCAGGGAAAGUCAUGCCAUAAGAUCACAGGAGCUGGGGUGAAAUCAAAAGGGAAGUGCUUUGAUGCCAUAACUAAAUUGCUUUACUCAAACCAUACUGCAGUGUUUUAAAGAUUCCUUAAUAGCACUCCAUCUGACCGCAGUGUUGGGAAGCACAUCUUAAAAAGAACCUGCAGAACACAAAGAAGCUCUACCUAUAUGAGAAGAGGAGCACAGAGGAGAGAGUCAAGCAGCGAGGAAUCUUCUCUCGUUCCAACACAACACUUCACCCGCGGUGACCAGAUACUUUGCUGAAAGCUCCAGUUCCCCCAGUGGUGUUCAGCUGUUGCCCUGCUCCCCCUCCCCCCCCGUCCCCUUCACCUCUGCCUCUGCCCUCUGCCACCAUGAGGUCUGUGAGCCUUGGUUGGCUGCUGGCCCUGGGCCUUAUGCUGACCAAGCUGUCGUCCUCGAGCGCCUUCACCACGCGGGGUCAGGGCCUUCGCGGCCGAGUCCAGCGCGACCGCCGCAACAUCCGGCCCAACAUUAUCCUCAUCAUGACCGACGACCAGGAUGUGGAGCUCGGCUCCUUGCAGGUGAUGAACAAAACGCGCAAGAUCAUGGAGGACGGCGGGACGACCUUCACCAACGCCUUUGUGUCCACACCCAUGUGCUGCCCGUCGCGCUCCUCCAUGCUGACGGGGAAGUACGUGCACAACCACAACACCUACACCAACAACGAGAACUGCUCCUCGCCCUCGUGGCAGGCCCAGCACGAGCCGCGCUCCUUCGCCGUCUACCUCAACAACACGGGCUACCGCACUGGCUUCUUCGGGAAGUACCUCAACGAGUACAACGGCAGCUACAUCCCGCCUGGGUGGCGAGAGUGGGUGGGGCUGAUCAAAAAUUCCCGUUUCUAUAAUUACACCGUUUGUCGGAAUGGCUACAAGGAAAAGCACGGGGCAGAUUAUGCCAAGGACUACUUCACGGACUUGAUCACUAAUGACAGCAUCAACUUCUUCCGGAUGUCUAAGCGCAUGUACCCUCAUCGGCCGGUGAUGAUGGUGAUCAGCCAUGCGGCACCCCACGGACCUGAGGACUCUGCUCCACAGUACUCUGAGUUCUUCCCCAACGCUUCGCAGCACAUCACCCCCAGCUACAACUACGCGCCCAACAUGGACAAGCACUGGAUCAUGCAGUACACCGGCCCCAUGAGGCCCAUCCACAUGGAGUUCACCAACUUCCUGCACAGGAAGAGACUGCAGACCCUCAUGUCUGUGGAUGACUCCGUAGAAAAGAUCUACGAGGCGCUGGUGGAGACUGGCGAGCUGGACAACACUUACAUUAUCUACACAGCUGAUCAUGGCUACCACAUCGGGCAGUUUGGGCUGGUUAAGGGGAAAUCGAUGCCUUAUGACUUUGACAUCCGAGUGCCUUUCUUUGUGAGAGGGCCGAAUGUAGAACGGGGAGCAGUAAAUCCCCAUAUGGUGCUGAAUAUAGAUUUAGCCCCAACUAUCCUGGACAUCGCUGGACUGGACACCCCCUCUGACAUGGAUGGGAAAUCCAUUUUGAAACUUCUGGAACAAGAGAAAACUGGAAACAGAUUCAAACCAAACCGGAAACCAAAAGUGUGGAGGGACACAUUCCUGGUGGAGAGAGGUAAAAUCCUGCGUAAGAAGGAGGACGGUGGUGGUAGUGUGAGCACCCAGCACACCAACAGCCUGCCCAAGUACAAGAAGGUGAAGGAGGCAUGCCAGCAGGCCGAGUUUCAGACGCCCUGCCAGCAGCCAGGACAGAAAUGGCACUGCAUUGAGGACGCGGGUAAGUGGCGUCUAACAAAGUGCAAAGGCAGCCUGAAGGACCAGGGCUCCCGGAAGCGCGCCCGGAGCCUGCGCUCACGCGGCAGCAGCAGCAGCAGUGCCGGUGGUGGCGGUGCCGGUGGAGGAGGUAGCAGCGGGCCCUACGGCAGCCACGAGGAGUGCGACUGCGGCGACCGCCCCUACAAGGCCUCCAAGGCCGAGCGCGGCCGAGGCCGCAGGCAGAUGGGGCCGAGCGGCAGCAGCCAGCGCUACAGGCCGCGUUUUGUCCACACACGUCCAGCCAGGUCCUUGUCUGUAGAGUUUGAGGGGCUGAUCUACGAUGUGGACCUGCAGGCCGACGACAAAGAUGCCCUCAAGCCACGUGCCAUCAGCAAACGCCACUACGAGCCCCAAGAGGACCUCGGCCUGGAGUCAGACGACGGAUCCGAGGAGAUGCUCGCCGAUGACACCAACGCUGUGGGCUACCCCAACUCCCUCAAAGUCACACACAAGUGCUACAUCCUGGUGAACGAUACUGUGCACUGCGAGAGGGAAGUCUACCAGUCGUCCAGAGCCUGGAAAGACCACAAGAGCUACAUUGACCAGGAGAUUGAGGCUCUGCAGGACAAGAUCAAGCACCUGCGGGAGGUCCGGGGUCACCUUAAAAGGAGGCGUCCUGGCGACUGUGACUGCAGCAAGAGGAGCUACUUUAGCAAAGCGCAAAGAAACAAACCUGAGAGGUUGAAGAAAAAGAAUGACCGUCUCCAAACCUUUAAGGAGGCAGUGCAGGAAGUGGACGGUAAGACUCUGUAUAACGAGAUCCGGAGGAAGAAGAAGGAACGGAAGGAGCGGAAGAGGCAGAGGAAGGGGGAUGACUGCAGCAUGCCUGGACUCACCUGCUUCAUCCACAACAAUGACCACUGGCAGACUGCCCCCUUCUGGAACUUGGGGGGAUUCUGUGCCUGCACCAGCUCCAAUAACAACACCUACUGGUGUCUACGCACCAUCAACGACACCCACAACAGCCUAUUCUGUGAGUUUGCCACAGGGUUCCUCGAGUACUUCGACCUGAACAGUGAUCCUUACCAGCUGACCAACACAGUGUUCACGGUGGACAGAGAGGUCCUGAACCAGCUGCACCAGCAGCUGAUGGAGAUGCGCAGCUGUCAGGGUCACAAGCAGUGCAACCCGCGGCCCAAGGGCCUAGACACAGAACACAGCCAGGAUGGGAAGGACGAAAAGGUUAAGCUGCCCAACUUCACAGAGGACUUUAAUUGGCAAGGACUGGCCGAUCUGUACAGUGUAAACGAGACUCUUUACGAGCGGAGGGUUGACUAUCGACCCAGCUCGGACGACUGGACGAACUUUCAGAAGGAUGUAGAUAGUAUGUUUGCACUGCUGAGCAACCUAAAGAGACUAAACCAAACCAAUAAGCUUGACCCUCUGGCUGAGUCGGCCUCUGGGGACGGGGGCCCCAACGACAUCGACGCCAGCGGUGAGGGGCCCGACUCGGUGCAUGGCGACAAGUGGCCCCAUCUGGUCGCGCCCACCACCGUCCCCUCCUCGGCCAAUCCCCCCAGCCACACCCCCAGCGGGGCCCCCCCGGGGCAGGAGCUGAACGAGCUCCCCGAGGCGCCCCAUCAGCCUCCGCCCGCUUCCCCGAGUGGCAGGCCGCCGCCACCGCCGUCGGCCCCCCGGCCGCGGGCCAGCGCCUGGCUCCAGCAGCUGGACGACGAGGACGGCAGCGACGCGGGCUUCAGCGGGAACGGCCUGACGGAGCUGGAGACUCGCCACGAGCACGUCCUGUGGGCCGCCUCCUACCCCAGCCUGCCAGCCGAGCUCCUCCACGACCCGAGUACACUCCACGUGGACCCGCAGACCCACCAGACCCAGCGGAAGGAAGAGGAGGAGGAGGAGGAAGACCUUUUCCAGGCCCAGGGCUACCUGCCCCUGUCCCCACACCCUGCCCAGCCCAGAGACCCUCCAGGAGACGGCCCUGCGGCCCAGCCAGACACUCCCCACGGGGGGCCAACAGAGCCCCCAAAACCCUCUGGGCUGGAACGUCAUGACUCAGAGGGGAGCGGUUUCGCCCCUCUACCCACCAAAAGUGCACUCUGAGGGGAGAGAGGAGUUAGUGGGGUGAUGCAGGCUCCUUGCCAUGAUGCCAGUAAGCUCCAGAGACACUGCAUAUACAGCAAGGCACCCUCCAUUUAAAGAGAGCGCUGGGCUGUUUUCUUAGUUUUUUUGAGUUAGAAAUCGUAUAAUAAGAAAAUCAUAAUGUUAUUAUUAUUGUUUAUUUUUUUACAGGUGCUUCAGUUUAUUAGAAAUCAGUGUUACAUUGUUUUUUUUUAAAUAUAUAUAUAUCUAUUUAGGAAAGAGAAAAAAAACCUUAAUGCAGCUUAAACAUCAUGAAUUUUGAAUUUCAAGUGGAGAAACGUGCAUAAAAUUAUGUUUUUAAUAUAUAUUUUUAUUAAAUAAUAGGUUAAAAACGUGAUGGUGAAACCAUUGCAAUGCAAUACAUCAGGAAAUUAACCCACCAGUUUAAUGUUUGAUGCACUUUUAAUCCUCCACAGCAACAGUUUAGUUUGUGCUGAUGUCAAUUAAAACCUACACUGUGUGAUAGACAAGACCAGUUAUUUACUCUUGCUAGUUUGAGUCAUGGUACUGUCUCAAAGACAAACAAUCUUAGCUGAUAAAGCAUCAGUUGCCAUCAAUACUGCAAAUGGAGGCCCGUUUAAAUGCAUUAAAUUGGGGUAUAGUACAAUUUAUAUAUAUAUUAUUAUUUUUUCUCUUUCUGUUCAUUAGUUAUAAGAGGCACACUUUAGCGCACAGUUUGUUCAGAUAUGUUCUGCUACAGCACACUUUCCUGGUCACGCUUUUGUUAGUAAACACUUGAACUGUCCACCCUGUGCUCCAGAAGUCACAUGGGCUAGGCAGGACUUGAAAUGCAUACGUGGUUCUAUUAUGCAACUUCUUAGAGCUCCACCAGUAUUCUGAAGUGCUUUGAUAAUCAGACAAUGCAUAUGUAGGUUUUGUUAUUUUAAAAGCCAACAGCUGUUUAUAGAGGUACCAUUAAGAAACACUAACACCAAUAAUUUAUGUACAUCCCCUGCAGUAUAGUCAUGCUUGCUUUCAAUGGUUGUUUUUCAGGUUAUCAGUGUCCAUCAGUUUUUUAUUCAUUCUUGAGAAAUACUUGAUAAAACAGCAUUUUUUGCAUUGCAUAAUUUCAAGCAAACCCCCCCC